AUGGAAAGUAAACUAUAAAAUUUUGAGAUCCAUAAGAAAUUAGGUUAUAAAUAAUAAUUGAUGUUGUAGGUUCUGGAGCUUAUUCAUCUGUGUACAAAGUACAGAGGAAGUCAGAUGGGAAAGUCUAUGCUUUAAAGAAAGUAUUUAGAGUGAUUUAUAGGAAUAGGUGAAAUUGAUGGAUAUAGGAGAUAGAGAGAAACAAAAUGCAUUGAAUGAAGUUAGGUUUAUAGCAUCAAUUCAUCAUGAUAAUGUAGUUUCAUAUAAGGAAUGCUUUAUUGAGGAUAAUAAUUUAUGGUAUUGCACUUUUUGUAAUAAAGUAUAAUAAUGGAGUAUGCUGAAGGAGGAGAUUUGUUAUAGAAGAUAUAAAGAUAGGUUAAAAAAUAAUAGAUGAUUCCAGAGUAAGAGAUAUGGCAACUUGCAAUAUAGGUGUUAUAAGGUUUGAGAGCAUUGCAUCAUAAAAAAAUAUUGCAUAGAGAUUUAAAAUGUGCUAAUAUCUUUUUAUAUGAGAAUAAUUAAGUUAAACUUGGAGAUUUUAAUGUAUCUAAGUUGGCUAAGAAUGGACUUGUAUAUACCCAAACUGGUACUCCAUAUUAUGCUAGUCCAGAGGUUUGGUAAGACAAACCUUAUGAUCAUAAGGCAGAUAUCUGGUCAUUAGGAUGUGUCAUUUAUGAGACAUGUGCCUUGAAACCGUAUUUCAUUUUUAAAUGCUAUGAUUAGACCGUUUAGAGCAAAGGACAUGAAUGGGUUAUAUAAAUAAGUUCUAAAAGGAUAAUAUUAACCAAUUCCUAUUAUCUAUUCAUAAGAAUUAGUAUAAUUGAUAAAAAGUAUGAUGUAAGUCUAACCUUCAAAUCGUCCUGAUUGUGGUAAUCUUUCAAUUUUUAUUAUUGUCAAGAUAAUCUACUUCAACAUUCUUUUCUUUAGAAGAAAGCUAAAUAAUAUGGGAUUCCUUUGAUUUCUGAUGAGAUCGAGAAUGAUUUAUUGAAGACAAUAAAAUGGCCUAUUACUAGAAAAGGUUUGCAAGUAAAUAAAUCUGAAUUGGUUAAUUUAAAUUGUUAAUUACCUGGAAGCAAUUAUUUAAAUUAACACAAUUCUAAUCAUAUUAAAAGAAAUUAAUAAUCUAAUAGGAUUAGAUCUUAAGAUACAAAUGAUUCGAUCGUUUUAAUUUAACCAAAUGAAGCUUUACAUUAAUUGAUGAAAUAAAUGACACAUUUAGAUCAAAGAGAAAUUGAGAAAAUUCCAAAAAAUCUCAAUUAAAAUUUAAAUAAAUCCAUAUCAAAAUAGACAAUCUAAGAAAAUGUAUUGCCAAUCAACCGAAGAAUACGAGUAUCAAAUUCUACACACGAAAAACAAGAGAGAUAUGAUCCCAUAUAACAACCGUAAAUUAUUAAAUAGAAUCUCUAGUAAAUGUGUUUCUAAGGAUAGAAUUGAUUCUCAAAUUUAAAUCAAUUCUAAUUAUUAUGGCAAAGAUGUGAUCCAAUCACUUAAUAAAUAGCACUAAUCUUAAAAAUUACCUAUUAUAAAUGGCAAUUAAAGACAGGAUGAAGUAUGUGUUCUAAGGAAAAACUCCUCCAAUGAAAGAAAUUCUAGUAGUUAUUUAAGAAGAUCAAAGUAUGAAUAUUAAAAGAAAGAUUCAUCUAUGUAAUUAAGUGUUGAGAGACCUGCAGUUUUAAUGAAAAUUAUUCAGGAACAUUAAUAUUUACCUAAAUUAGCAAAGAAAUAAUGA